CUGUUGUGUACGAUAUAGUGCAUGGCUAUCAACUAGUGGUUGUACUGCACGUAUACUACACACAGGGGGCGCUGUAAGAAAUACUACAUUACCAACGUAUGUAGACGCUUGGGCACUAGUUGGAGGGCGGCGACUGGAGCGGGACCCUUGAAAAUAACAGCCUGUUUCUGACAGCUUAUAGUCUUUACGUCGCCUCUGUUUUUGAUACUUCUACAAUAUUUUAUAGGACGUAGGUGAUAUAAAGUUAAAAUAGUCCUCAUUCAGGGGCUGUGUUGAGCGAACAAAUAGCUAUGUAAUAUAUGUACAGUAAUUCGUUAACGCAUUGUUUGUUAGCAUUAGCUAGCUAACACAGAGAGUGCAAACUUGUCCGGAAAGCAUCGAAGAUGCCUCCCAAGAAGCAGAAGUCGACAGCGAUGAACAUCUCCAGCUCCUUGGACUUUGAGUCGGAGGACAUCAGCCUAGAGACCACCGUGCCCACCGCCGAGGACGUCUCCUCUUCCGACGAGCAGCGGACGAGCUCGCAGAAACUGACCCGCCAGCUGAUCGAGAGGAAGCAGCUGCUGCAGAACGUCCAGCUGCUAAAAAUCGAGCUUUCCCAGAAGAACCUCACCAUCGACAACAUGAAGGCUGACUACAUGUCGAAGGUGGAGGAGCUGGAGGAAAAGCUGAAUGAUGCUCUCCACCAGAAACAAGUGUUGACGCUGAGACUGGACAGCCAUUUGAAACUUGCUCAGGAGGAAAACAGGAAGCAGCAGGCCGUGCGCAAACAGGAAGUGGACACCAUUCUGCUCCGGCAGCAGCAGCUGGAGGAGGCCAACCGACAGAUGCGAGAGAAAGCAGGAGAGCUGCGCCGGUCACUCAGGGAUGUGGACAUCUGCCACGAGCGCUACCAGGAGCUUCGCGACCUCCCCGAGGAAACCAUGACCAUUCAGGAAUUUGUGGCGGUGCGUUUUUACGAGGCGGUGACUCCCUUGAAGGCUCAGCUGGCUGAGCUCAGCGUAAAGAAGGACACUUUGAGCGAAGAUGUGGACACACAACGGGCCCAGAUGAAGGCACUGAUGGAGAGCUACGAGGAGGAGCGCCGUCUCCGUACUGAGCUGGAGCUGCGGAGCCAGAGGCUGACGCUGGAACUGGCCGACACCAAGCAGCACAUCCAAGACGGGGACUACCGCCGAGAAAACUACCCCAACAUCAAACGAGAGCGUGACAGCUUGGAAGCAGAGCUGAAGGCAGUGAAGAGAAAAUUUGAGACCCUUGACUUGGGUCACACAGCCCUCGGCAGGGAGCGAGAGACCCUCAGCAAAGAGGUGGUGACGUUGCAGCAGUCAGUGACGCUGCUGCAGAAGGACAAGGAGUACCUGCACAAGCAGAACAUGGAGCUCAGUGUUCGCUGUGCACACGAGGAGGACCGCCUGGAGCGCAUGCAGGUGCAACUGGAGGACACCAAGAAGGCCAGGGAGGACGCCUAUGAGAAAUAUGUAGCAUCCAGAGACCACUACAAGUCCGAGUACGAGAGGAAGUUGAGAGACGAGCUGGAGAACAUCAGAAUGAAAACCGGUCAGGAAAUCGACAACCUCCAGAGAACGUCCAAGGAGAUGUACGAGAGAGAGAACAGGAACUUGCGCGAGGCCAGAGACAACGCAGUGCUGGAGAAGGAGCGAGCGGUCACUGCCGAGAGAGACACUCAGUCGCGAUACGACCAACUGCUGGAACAGUAUCGCCAGCUCCAGCUCGGCACCGACAGCCGGGUCGCCGAGUUGUCCAAUCAGGCCAAGCUCCACUCCUUUGAAGCUGAGCGUGCUCAGAUGCUGAAGGAGGAGACUGACAAGGCUCUGGCCCAGUGCCAGAUGGAGUGUGAGAAACAGCAGAAAAAACUGGAGCUACUCACGCAGGAGUUUUACAGGCUGCAGACGUCAUCAGAGAAGCGAGUGACGGAGCUGCAAGCUCAGAAUGCUGAGCAGGCAUCUCGGCUGGAGACGUACGAAAAGCUCGAGCAGGAGCUGGACCAGGUCACCGUGCAGGCUGCCGAAAUUGAGAAUGAGGAGGAAGCAGAGAGGGUUCUAUUCUCAUAUGGCUAUGGAGCCAACGUUCCAACCACAGCUAAAAGGAGACUUCAGCAGAGUGUUCACCUGGCCCGCAGGGUGCUGCAGCUGGAGAGGCAGAACACAUCACUGAGGAGAGAUUUGGAGAGACACCAGUCCCAAACAGGCCAGAUAUCUGAAGAGCUGUUAGCAGCCAACCAGCUUCUGGAGCAGACACAGCAGCCCUAUAGCUACCUGAUUGAGACGGUGAGACACAAGGACGGGCAGAUCGACACCCUGAAGCAACGCGUCGCAUCGCUCGAGGACGACGUCAGAUCUCUGAGGAAGGAGCGGACGGCUCUGCUGCAGGUGAAGAACAACAUGGCCGCCGAUCUGGAGCGCCUCCUUAACCAUCGCGAGGAGUUUGCCAUGAUGAAGCAGGUCCUGAUCAACAUGCGCUCCAAACAGGAAAACACUUUGAGUCCAUUGCAGACAAACAAAGGAGAUACGAGGAGCUCCGGCUCGAGCAACCAGCGCUCCAAGCGGGACAGCAGGCCCACAGAGGACGAGUCGCCCAACAAGCCAAAACCCACUGUGUUUACCAAAAGAGAAGCUCCUGAUUGGUACCAAAGACUGCAGCAGAAACCCAAACAAUGACUGAAAAAACAACAUUCUAAAUACACCUUUACCUCAUAUUUGUUUUUGUUUUUUUUCCAAAUAAACUUUCUUGAAGCGUC